GGAAGCUCCGUUUGCAUUGGAGUGUCGUCAUUACCAAGGCCCCACUUAGUCAUGACUGACUCUCUAGAGCUCUCGUUUCUCUACCUAUUCUCUCCCACCACCACCACCACCACCACCCACCACCAUCACCACCACCACCACCACACUACCUUUACCGACGGAGACUCCCGCCCGUCUGCACUACUAGUUAGCUCCGUCCCAUGGUACUCGCUCCACUCAAACACAGCGCGAACACGAGGUUGCGCGCGGAAGGCCGCACCGCUGAAUCUGACACGCAGCGCCUUGGAUGGGCCGUGGUCCGGUUUGGGACAAGGUUUCUCGCGUAUCUUUGGCUGGCGGGCCCCUCCCAGAUCGGCCUCGAGUUAGUAGUGUGGACACAUGUGAAAAAACAAGACAGAAAACAGCCCGCGCCGUUUCCGAUGCGGCAAAGCUCUUUUCCCGAACUUGGCCCGCGGGCGGCGCCAGCGCAUCGUCGCAGGCCUCGCAGCUUUUCCCUUCCCAAACAUCUUCUGAGCUCCCCCCAGCGCAUCGGUUCCCCACCGGCUCGACGCUCUGUUGUUCGUCAGAUAUCAGCCAGCCCAAGCCCCAGCCAACACUUCUCAAAGAGAGACCAUGACGCCCAUGAUAUGUCCCGCUUCCCGUCCCGUCCCCAAUCUCAUCUCAUCGCGACCCUUCUGCCCUACGCCCAUCUGGCGCCUCUUGAACACGCCCUCGACCCUCUGUACCUCGUCGAUCCUGCAAGCCCGCUGUGCGCCAGUAUUGGUGGCUGCGCGCCACUGGCCACACGCUGCUCGCGGCUGCGGUAGCAACGCCCAUUAAGGCCUCUGUGAAGCAAGCAAGCGAGCGAGCGAGCGACGACAAGCACGAGCGCAGGUCCACUCACUCACUCGUACCCAUUACCCUUUUUCCCUUUUUUCCUUCUCUCUCUGUUUCUCUCUCACUUUCUCUCUCUCUCUCUCUCAGAGGUCCAUAUCUUUUUUCUCUUUUUCCUCUCUCUC